AUGGCACAUCCUAUGCCACCGACAUUUUAUCCCAUCGGUGGGAUCUCAUGUUCUUCAGGUGGGCGUGGUAUCUUUUUCGAUACCGGUCUGAACGACGCUGUGGAGGUUUGGGUUGACGUCAACCUUCCUAAUCGAUUGAAUCUCAUCUACGCCCUCAAGCGAGAGGGUGCCAGAAUUACUACUCAGCAUUAUGCUCCUUCCACCUCAUUACUCAUACUAGCUCCAGGCAGCGAGUCUAUCUUCGACUUGUAUUGUCAUUCAGAAUGGCUACGACCCCGCCAGAAGCUCUGGUACGAAAGACGCAAGCAGAAAUUAGGAAUUGUUGAAGAAGAAUGGCAAAAGAAGGUCAUUCUGAUGGGGGAUUGGGUAGAAAAGUGUAUUGAGGCCGGUCGAUUCUUGGGAGAAGAGGAUGGAUGGGGAGGCGCUCGCGUAGGCGGACCCCCUCCACACAUGUAUCCGCCGUCCACACGAUCGAUGGACGACGAACCCGCGGACCCCGCUUUACAGCCUGAUCACCCACCAGUCGGCGCCGGCGAUAUCGUCACGGAGACCCUGAAGGACGGCCCCGAUCAGGUAGUAACGCACGACCCUCACCAAAGUCCAGUGACCGAGCCGGGGAAUGACAGUGUGGAGAUGUCAGAAGCAGACGAAUUGCUCGAGAUUCUGCAAGAGGCUGUGCCUCCUGAAGGUGGAGAUACCGUGCCUGAGCAAACAGAGGUUGUUGGACAGAGGCAAAAAGAGGGAGGAUCGAACCAAGAAUCCGCACAAGAAGAGGAGAAUGAUCAUGAGCUUGUUAUCGUCGAAACCCCCCAGAGGAGGAGUCCGACUUCCUCAAAACCCCCCUCGACGACUACAGGCUUCCAUCUCAACCAGAAAUCUCCUCCUCGACACGAACACGUGGUUUCCUCACCACUGACGUCCCGCCAUGAUCAUCACACAAGCAAUCCUUCAAAUCCCUCUACUAUUACGGAGACUCCAAUCACUCUACCUUCAUCAGAGUCCGAGAUCGUGGAACCCAUCGAAGAGCGCCUGUCUUCUCCCAGGUCUCCUGUUGUCUUCAUUGACAAAGCCGAGCCGCCAACCCCGGGUCAAUCGGUACCACCGACUGCUCCGUUGGCCCCAGUAGAUCCCUCAGAAAUAUUUGCAGGUUGCCGUUUCCGAGUCGAUCUCGAUCGUCCAGGCCGGAAAGACCUCAUCAACCGUAUCAAAGCGGCUGGCGGACAGAUCAUUGUGGACUUUUCCGAUGCCACUCAUGUCUUGAUCCAUAUCUACACUCCUGCUAAAUGGGACCACAUUAUUCGUCAAUAUGUCCAAGAUGGCGUCUGGUUCAUGCAUUGCCAAUGGGCACUUGAUUGCUUGGAUAAGGGAAGAAAAAUCCCUGAACUCAAUCAUCAUGUGCCCGGCGGAGCACCAAUUUUACUGGACCCUCUAUUUGACGACUUCACAACUUCUCGUCCUGUGCGAGACGCCAUGCCUGCGAUGAAGAUCUCCCAGAUCUUUUUAGAUGCCAGUCGAUCACGGAACAUGACUUUGGACGCAAUGCUGAAGGAUCUCUCGAGAGGGCAUGGAAUGUACGACUCAAAGAUAUGGAAACAAAUGUAUAUGGAUUGGGCAAAGGGUAUUGGCAUGUUUGCCAAAUUGGAUCAAUCGCGUUAUGGACCACCGGCAGAUCUGAAACCCUCAAUUCUUGCACGAGCCAACUCCAAGUCGGUUCUGGUCAAAGACAGAGUGCUUAGCACUGCUGAGAUGGAUGAGAUCCUCAGAGGCAAGCGACACAAGUUGCAGGACGCUUUGCCGAGUGAUCCAGUGUGGUUGAUUCUUUCCAAAAAGUAUACGAGAUACAGUCGUCGCGAAUGGUAUCAACUUCACGGCGAUUGGGUAGAGGGUACGGGACGAUUCAAAGAGAUAAAAGCUGGCAGUGUCAAACCUCCAUCUCCCCUCUUACCUGUCAAAGCAAAGAUUGUCCCUUCUCCAUCGCCUUCUCCUGCGGCAUCCGGCAGUCAGCAGUCAAACGUUGGUAAAGAUAUCAUGUCGACGGACGAGAUGGUCAGUUUGUUCAAACAGCACGAUGACAAACUACAAUCAAUGAACCGCCGGGAGGUCGCCUCGUACCUUCACGAACAGAACCCAGCAUACACUCCCCGCAUGUGGAUAAACUUGCAUUCGGAGUAUCUCUCACGAGAGGGUCGUUUUUCACGUGUGCCACGCGAACGAAUUGGUGGUCGUAGUAAACGCAAACGCAGCGUGUUUAGUUCUCCAGAAAUCGUUGUUCCGCCUCCAAAGAAACGGGCUUUUGCCAAACCGUACACCGAAAAAGAAGAACGUGCCAUGGCGGCUUACAUCGUUGGAAGGCUGCCGGAGAAGACGCCCAUAACUGCAAAAGGUUGGGAGGGAUUCAAAGCUGGUAGCGAGUUCCCCACGCGCAGCACGGGUGGGUAUGUAGAGCAUUAUCGUAAUUUCCAACCUAGGAUCAACGGGUACGCCAAGCAGAUCGCCAAGGAUAAAGGUGUAGAAGAUCAAUUGGAGGCGUCAUUCAACUCGAGUGACAACCGAAGUACGAAAGACGAGGUCGAGUCUUCGGAUGACGACGAAGACACGGAUGAGAGUUCGGAUACUUCGAUAGAAGCAGAGGUUAUCGAAGUGAAUUCUAGCUCGGAUGAAGCAGAGUAUGUCGACAUGACUAAUGAUAGUGACUGAGUAUAUACAUAUUUGUAAUUUAGACAUCUUGAAAGAGUCGAAUGCAUGUCAUACAUUGG